AUGUCCAAAUGCGGACCAGUGAUGAAUGGCAUUCCUCACGGGUCGGUCAUCAGCAGUGAAGGGACAGAGGGAGCAAAGUUUCGACUCUCUGGUAAGGGAGUAGAUCAAGACCCAAAAGGAAUUUUUAGAAUCAAUGAGAUCAGUGGGGAUGUCUCCGUGACCCGAGCCCUUGAUAGAGAAGCAAUUGCCAAUUAUGAGCUUGAAGUUGAAGUCACAGAUAUUAGUGGGAAAACCAUUGAUGGUCCAGUCCGCCUAGAUAUUUCUGUUAUUGAUCAAAAUGAUAAUAGGCCAAUGUUCAAAGAAGGACCGUAUGUUGGUCAUGUCAUGGAGGGAUCCCCUACAGGAACGACGGUGAUGCGUAUGACAGCAUUUGAUGCUGAUGACUCUAGCACAGACAAUGCUCUCCUGCGGUAUAAUAUCCUCAAACAGACACCUACCAAACCAUCUCCAAAUAUGUUCUAUAUUGACCCAGAAAAGGGAGAUAUUGUUACAGUUGUGUCACCUGUACUGUUGGAUCGUGAGACCAUGGAAACCCCGAAAUACGAGCUAGUUAUAGAAGCUAAGGAUAUGGGUGGUCUUGAUGUGGGACUAACUGGCACAGCAACUGCCACUAUUCUUAUUGAUGACAAAAACGACCAUCCACCAGAGUUUACCAAGAAGGAGUUUCAAGCCACAGUGAAGGAGGGAGUCACAGGUGUAAUAGUAAACUUAACAGUUGGCGACCGAGAUGACCCAGCAACUGGAGCAUGGAGAGCUGUCUACACCAUUAUUAAUGGAAAUCCAGGGCAGAGUUUUGAAAUCCAUACCAAUCCCCAGACUAAUGAGGGAAUGCUCUCUGUUGUCAAACCUUUAGACUAUGAGAUUUCAGCGUUCCACACGUUGCUCAUCAAAGUAGAAAAUGAAGACCCGCUGAUUCCAGACAUAGCCUAUGGCCCCAGUUCCACAGCAACAGUUCAGAUCACUGUUGAGGAUGUGAAUGAAGGCCCAGUUUUCCACCCAAACCCAAUGACAGUGACAAAACAAGAAAACAUCCCUGUUGGCAGUGUUGUGUUAACGGUAAAUGCCACUGAUCCAGAUACUUUGCAACAUCAGACUAUCAGGUAUUCAGUUUACAAGGAUCCAGCAGGCUGGCUAGAGAUUAACCCCACCAAUGGCACCAUUGGCACCACUGCUAUCCUGGAUCGGGAAUCUCCUUAUGUUCAGAACAACAUAUACACUGCUCUCUUUCUGGCAAUAGACAGUGGUAACCCUCCCGCCACAGGUACAGGAACUUUACACAUCACUUUAGAGGACGUCAAUGACAAUGUCCCAUCCCUUUAUCCAACACUGGCAAAAGUUUGUGAGGAUGCAAAAGAUCUCAGGGUAGUGGUACUAGGAGCAUCAGACAAAGACCUUCAUCCCAACACAGAUCCAUUCAAAUUUGAACUGAGUAAGCAAUCUGGCCCAGAAAAAUUGUGGAGAAUCACCAAGCUUAACAAUACUCAUGCCCAGGUCAUCCUGCUUCAAAACCUGAAAAAAGCCAAUUACAACAUCCCAAUCUCAGUGACAGAUUCUGGAAAACCACCUCUGACUAACACUACAGAACUGAAAUUACAAGUGUGUUCCUGCAAGAAAUCCAAAAUGGACUGCAGUGCAACCGAUGCCCUUCAUAUCAGCAUGACCCUCAUCCUUCUUUCACUCUUCAGCAUAUUUUGUCUGUAAGAACUCCUGACAUUUGAAGCUGUCCUACCGAGUUGCCAUGGCAACGAGAAAAAAGAAAACGUCAGAUCUGAAGAUUGCAGUUUACAGUUGCUGUUCUUCACUACCAGGCCUCAGUUGCUCCAGAUUCAGUUUAAUUUGCAACCUCACUUAAUCUGUCCGACUAUACAUUGGUGUUUGACAGCCUCUACCCUAACUUCCGUUUGGUAAUGGAUUCCUCUUGCAAGACGCAACGUUUAUGCCAAUUUUCUCUGAAUGUUAAAAGACCAUGACAUCUAAACUGGACCUUGGGGGAGCAGAAAACAGAUUGACUCCAUUUUUUUCUAUCUGUUGACUUGUUGCUAUUCAACUGUUCAGAAAAUAUUUUGUCUGUGGGUUAGUAUUUGUAUAUGUAUGAGUGUAUGUAUAUAUAUAUAUUUAUAUAGAGAGAAGAGUUAUACGACAGGUUUAGCUUUUAUAAGAUAUUCAUCUGGAGUGUGCAAAGGACAAAGCAGAGUAAUGCAGCCACAGGUGAAUUGUAACUAUUCUACCAUGGCUAAACCUACUGUAUUUGCUGUUUAUAGUGUGGCCAGAAGGAGAGAGCCUAUUGCCAUCACACCGCCACUACAGCCACUUUGUUGACACCAAGCAAAGCAGGCCCAGGGCUCUGCGGUGUCACUUCUUGUACCUCACGUUCAGCAAACAAGAAAUGCAAAUCCCCCUGGCCUGUUUCUGAUCGGAACUGCUUUCCUUAUGUCCCAGAUGGAAUUUACAAUCCCGCAGGAGCACAGCGCUUCGCUCCCCGUUUCGGUGGGAGCAGCACUGGGAGGUUCUGCGUAGCUCUGAUUUGUGAGAAAGCGGGAAGCAGCUGCGACCGGCACUCUGUGGGUCACGAGUUACAGCAAUGGGAGUGCUGGACCUGAUUUUAAAGGGGCUAAAGUCAGCUUCCUGUCAUUAUUUGCCCGGGCAAUUGACAAAAUUUAAAUCUCUUGUCAGCUCUGCAGACACAGUUAAGUGGGUAGAUGUCUGCGUAUGGGCAGCUGAUUAGAAUAGCAAAAGUAAAGUAUUUCUCAGAAGUGCUGGUCUCUCUCUCAGCCUCCAUGCAGCUGUCAUUACAUACCUAAGCGCAAGGAGGAAGACAGAUGCCCUAUUCUAUAAAUAUAUUCACACACACAUAUAUAUAGUUUUGAAUAUAUAUAUACAUACAUACACAUGUACACACAGUUUCCAGUUAAGAGUAACAAGAGCAUUUCUUUGUGUGUGUAAACUUACCACACUUGUUUGCAGACAUGGGAAAAAAGGGUGUUCGUUAUAUAUGAAUAUAAAUCCUUUUUUAUUCUGUGAGCAUGUAAGGUUAAAAAAAAAACCUUCUAACUGUAUCAAGAUGAUCAUCUUGUUAAUAAAUUGUAAAUGAUCCAUCAAAGCUCACACCAAAUUUUUAUAAAAUUAACACAAAAAGUAUACUAGUGACAGACUGUGGCUUUUAUUAGAGCUUGCCAGUAACUAGGGUAAGGUAAGUGUCUUAGAAUAUUUUAAUAAACUUGCUUAUUUAAAGUUUAAACAAGAAAGCUUCCUUAUGCAAUAGAACUUUGCAGCUGCAUUCUUUAGUUAGCAUUUUUACAGUACUUAUGAGUCAUACUGUAUGUUGUCUUUACUACAGUGAGAUUAUGAGCAUAUCUUCCACACCACGUAUAUGUUUCAAUAGUAAAGCUUUUUGGAAGCAUUAAAAAGUCCAAACAUAUAUUUAGUUUUCCAUAAUGCUACACUAGAUAUUAAAUGUGUGUUGGUGGUUAAAAA